AUGACCAGGUGUCUUUCAUUCAUAUUCCUUCUCCUCCUCUUCGGCAACUCUGUCUUCACGGCUGUCAUUCCUGACACGUCAAGUCUGGAGGAUGGUAGCGGAAGUCUAGACACUCGUGCUACCGACGCUGAUCUGAGUGCGUCCAAACGUGAUGACAUAGACUCAAUGGAUCCACUUUUGUCAGAUACAAUUGAGGCUCGAACUCCCGCACAAUGCAGGCAAGUCCGUGGCACAGGUAUCGACUCCUGUAAAAAGGGUGUGCAAAGUGGGGUCGCAAACUGCAAAAAGAAAAUCCAGGACGACAUUGCAAAAUGCAAGAACGAUGCAAGAGGGGAAGCGCGCUGUGAGGCCUUUCUACGGCCUAAGCUCAUGAAUCAGUGUGAAUCGCGAAGGACACAAAUGCUGCUUUGUGAAAAGGCUCGCCCUAAGGUUCUUAUAUGUUGCGAAGGCAUGCAACCGCAAUUUCAGGCACUCUGUGCUAUCCCGUCGUUCCCUGUCUCAACUGUCCGCUCCCGACUGGAGGAUGCGCAACAGCAAUGCAUGAAAGAGCGUACUAUUUAA